AUGCCGCCGUCCCUCCUACUCCCCGCCUCCGCCGCCGCCUCCUCCUCCUCCUCUGGUAUUAGUAUGGGGAGGCUGUCACCUAGGCCCCUGCUCGUCUGCUUCCCCGCGCGCCGCAGCCGUCUCCAUGCGGAUGUGGGGCUCCGCCUCGCCGCCGCCGGACCCAACGGCGUCAACGGUGCGGCCUCUCCCGGUCCAGAUUCCGGUUCCGGUUCAGGGGGCGCCAACCACCUGCCCAAAAACCGGAGGGAUAUUCUCCUGGAAUACGUAAAAGGCGUCCAGCCAGAGUUUAUGGAGCUUUUCGUCAAAAGAGCCCCAACACAGGUUGUUGAUGCCAUGCGCCAUACAGUGACAAAUAUGAUUGGGACUCUGCCGCCUCAAUUUUUUGCUGUAACCGUCACAACGGUUGCUGAAAAUCUGGCACAGCUUAUGUACAGCGUUUUGAUGACUGGAUACAUGUUCAGGAAUGCACAGUAUCGUCUGGAACUGCAACAGAGCCUGGAGCAGAUUGCUCUUCCUGAACCCAAAGGAGAAAAGGGCUCAGAAGAUUAUGCUCCUGGAACCCAGAAAAAGGUAAGUGGGGAAGUGAUCCGAUGGAACAAGACCACUGGACCAGAAAAGAUUGACGCUGUGAAAUAUAUAGAAUUGCUUGAAGCAGAAAUCGAUGAGCUGAGCCGUCAAGUUGCUAGGAAAUCAUCUCAAGGAAGCAAUGAGCUCCUGGAAUACCUAAAAACCCUAGAACCUCAAAAUCUAAAGGAACUGGCGAGUAGUGCGGGUGAGGACGUCGUGUUUGCAAUGAACGCAUUCAUAAAGCGUCUCUUGGCUGUCUCGGACCCUGCGCAGAUGAAGACGGCGGUUUCGGAGACGAGCGGUGCCCAGCUGGCGAACCUGCUGUUCUGGCUGAUGAUCGUCGGGUACAGCAUGCGCAACAUUGAGGUGCGUUUCGACAUGGAGAGAGUGCUGGGCGCCGCCCCCAAGAUGGGCGGAGAGCUGCCGCCUGGUCCUGGAGACAACACGCAGACACAACUAUAG